CCCCCUUCCCAGGCGCGCGUGGGUUGGGCGGCUUUCUGAAUCGAUUUUCCUCUCCCCGGCCUGAGCGCGACCAAGCGUGGGAUCUGUCGGGCGGGCUGAGGGGAGGGGGUCGGAGCGCGCGAAAGAAGUUGAGACUUUCCUUUCCUAACUCCCUCCCGGGCGGCGGACAGUAGCACUUGGCCGGUCGCCGGAGCCUGGCAUGGCGCGGGGAGGGCGAGUGAGUCCGUUCCUCCCUCCCAGCCGGUGCUGAGCUCCGUGGCAGCGGCGGCAGCGCCGCUUACUUCCUCCUCCUCCUCCUCCUCCCGCCGUGCCGCCUCGUUGGGGCGCCGCAGUCGUUUGCAUUUUCUUGCUGUGCUCUUGCCCAUAUACUGUUGGCUACGACUGAGGUUGGCAGAGGGGAAGGUGGCAGUAUUCAGAUGACAGAACAUCCCUGUUGACUACAUUACUCACCCACAUCCCAACUUGGACAAGGAAGCAGGCAGUUGAGCUCACUGGUCUGGUGGGGCAAAAUUCUCUAAUCUUUUGCAUCCAAGUGCACAGGCAGGGAUUCCUGUGAAGGAAACGAUCUGAAGCUCCUCAGGAUCUUUCUUGCCCAGGAACUUUGAAAGGGGCCUGCAGUUCCACUACCAAGAUGGCUCUGCAAAACUUCACACAACCUCAAUAUCACCCACAGCCCACUGGCCCAAGUGGUGGCCUGCUGGGCUUGUACAGUAUGGCGUGCUCCUUCCUAGGGAUGGUACAACCCAACACCUUCCCAGCAGAUCUUCUGACUCGCCUGCUCCAGCGCCAGGCUAAUAUCACAGACCCAGCAGUGUAUAAAGAGAUGUUUGUAUACGAAACAGGCUUCCUUGUUUGCCUUGUCAUUGGUCUUCUUUUCAUCAUCCUUGUGCCCCUGGUGGGUUUGUUCUUCUGCUGCUGCCGCUGCUGUGGGCACUGCGGUGGCUCCAUGUACCAGAAGCAGACGAAAAACACCAAUUGCAAGAGGCGGACAUUAUUUGCAUUCCUGCUAGCUGUCACUACCAUUCUCGUGGCUGGGGAUAUUUGUACGUAUGUCAGCAACCGUCAGAUAUCACAGGGAAUCAGUGGAGGCUUCGUCACUUUGAACAAUACAAUGGACAACCUGUUCAUGUUCCUGAACUCAAUCCCUAAGGAGGUUAAUGACAUCAUUGACUCCAGUUCAGUGCCACUGAAGCAAGCCAAUCAGAGCCUGCAAGAGAUUGGGCAGACUUUGGGAGACAAGAUCAAGAACCAAAUAGGUGGACAAGUAAACGGUGCACUGGAUGAAGCUGAACAUCUUCUCAAUGUGACUAGCUCUGUGGAAAAAGAGCUCCAGGCAGUCAAUGAGACAACAAAUCACUUGCGGCACCUUCAGGAACAGCUGAACCAAAACCUGACUGCCUUGAGCACUGAUAUCAACCAGACUUUGAAAGACUGUGGUGUGCCUUGCGAGGGUGUGCCAGCGGUGAACCUGGAGCCUGGGGCCAAUCUUAGUGCGGUUCCGGAUUUCAGCCGCCCACUCCAGCUGUUGACCAAUCUGACAAACUCAAACCCUCAGGAAACCAUUGCGAAGGCAAGAAAGGUUCUGGCUGAUAUUCCAAAGAAGGUGUCUGAACAAACAAAAAAGGUGGUGUCUGAAGGAGAGGCUCGCCUCCUUGAUGUCGAGCAAGCGAUUGAAGAUAGCCGUAGCAAGUUUUCCACACUGAGUGGAAUGGGGAAUAUCUCUCAGUCCAUGACAGAUGUUGUCAGUUGGGCGAGUACCUAUGAGCCAGAUAUUGUCAACUAUGAUAGCUACAGGUGGAUUGCUGGCCUUUGCCUCUGCUCUCUGGUGCUCGUGAUCAUUGUAUUCAACGUGCUGGGCCUGUUGUUUGGGACCCUUGGGCUAAACCCACGAGAGAUGCCUACCAAACGGGGCUGCCUCUCAAACACUGGUGGAGACUUCCUCAUGGCGAGCGUUGGGUUCAGCUUCAUAUUUUCAUGGCUGCUGAUGCUGCUGGUUCUACUGACAUUUUUAGUUGGGGGAACUAUGUACACAGUGGUGUGUCGGCCAUGGGCUGAUGGGCGCCUCCUUCAGUUUCUGGACACACCAGGGUUGUUCCCUGAGUUCAACCUGACACGGCUCCUGCAUUUGAAGAGUUCUGAUGUGAACCUUUCCAGCCUGUACAAGAACUGUGAAAACAAUGCCCCCUUGUGGAGCACCCUUCACCUGGGUGAGGUCAUCCCUCUGGAUGAGAUCCUAAACACCAGCAAGUACACGGGUAACAUUGAUGCAGCUUUAAAAAAAAUAAAUAUCAGUUUGGGCUCCACUGAAUUCCUGAAGGAUGAGCAGAAGCGUCAGCUGCAGGAACUGGGCUCAAAGGAUGGUCUGAACCUGAAUUUUGACAGUGCUCUGAAACAAAUCAACCAGAAUGUGACAAAACAAGACCUGUCUUCAUUGGCAAUGCAUCUAGAUAAAUUGGCAGAAAACACAGCAAUUGGUGAGAAAACUCGUAGCGAGCUUCAACUGGAGGCCAGUCAGCUGAGGAUGCUCCAGAAUUGGGUCGGUGACAAGUUUCCUCCUCAAAUGCACAUCCUGAGAAGCAGCAUUCAAAAACUACAGAAGUCUGUCCCUCAGAUUCCGGAGUUAGCGAACGCCACGUUGUCAAAAAUAGAAGACGCUCAGAUAUUUAUGAAGUUGCAGGUGCAGGACGUUGUCAGAAACGAGACUUCAGCUUUCGUGAAAACUCUGCUGGGUUUAUUUGAAUCAUAUAUAGACUGGGCAAAGAGUACCAUCAAAGAGCAAGUGGGCCGCUGUGGCCCUGCAGCCUGGGCACUGGAUAGUGUGAAUACCGUGGUCUGCAGCUGCGUUGUCAAUUCAUUGAAUGCCUUUUGGUUCAGUCUAGGCUGGUGCACCGUCUUUCUGCUGCCGAGCAUCAUCUUGGCUGUGCGGCUUGCCAAGUUUUACCGCAGAAUGCACAUGGAUGACGUCUACACGGACGGUGGCAUGGAAAACAUGGAACUAUCAAGGCCACCACAUGUGUUCAAAAUGCCCCGAGCAGAGCUGAGGAACUAGCAAUUACCUUGCCACCUAUGCUCCUUGAGCAACACUGAGGAUGACACACGAAUGUCUGCAGAACUGCUUUGUUUCUCUUCCCAAUGUGGAGCAUAAGGAUCACCACUCAGAAGCAAAUUCUCCUUGGCCAAGUUGGCUUAUCCUGCGAAUGACACCAUUAGGGGUAACUGCAAGACAUGUUACACAAGAGCAGGCCUAGCUGUGUUCCCGUGUGUGUGUGGUUUUUUUUCUUUCUACCCUAAAGACUAGGCUUGCAGUCUCUGCACUAUGACAUUUCUGCAAAGCCACAAUCCUCUCAUUGGGACUGUAGCUCCUCAUGCCACACUGUGGCAUGUAUAAAGUACUCUGGAGAGCCUGCCUCUUCUUUGAACACCAGUGCCUUACACUGUUAUAUGCCAUUGAACGAUCCUGUUGGCUUGGGUUGAUGGCUGACUCUGCUUGCUUUCUGUCCAUAAUAAUGAUGGUGGCUCCAGUGAAUGCAAUUAAUCCACCCAGAAGCAGCAAAACUCUCUCCCCAUCCCCAUCUCUACUUGGGGUUGAGGAAUGCCUUCUGAUGCAGCUGAAUCCAGAAUUUUGUGUGACACAGCUAAAAUGACUAGCUGGGGAAGCGUUUUGGCAAUUCAAUUAUGGGCAUUACAAGAAGCAUCAUGCUGAGCAACAUGACAAUCCUCCAGCAAGGAAGUGGGAGCUGACUUCAGUUGUAUUGGGACUACUUUUUAACCCUUUAUGGUUUUCUACUGUGUGUUUAAAUUUACAAAGCAAAAUUGUGUGCUCCAGAUCUCUUAAUAAUGACGGUAUAACUCAAUUGUCUACAAUACAGUGACAAUGCACUCUUAUUUAAAAAUGCUAAAUAGUGCCUUGCUGUCUCAGGGCAAUUUCUAUCUAUCCUUUACAACAGGGGUGAGGAUCUUGUGGCCUUCCAGAUGUUGUCUGACUCCAGCUCCCAUUCAACCUAGCAAUCAUGGCAAAUGAUAAGGACUUAUGGAAGUUGUAGUCAAGCAACAUAUGGAGGGCCAUACAUUCUCCAUUCCUGCUUAAGAAGAAUCCCAGCAACCAGCAAGUGCUAGGUGGUCCCACCUUCUCCCCAUCCCUACUCUAGAUUGGAAAGAAAGUACUGUAUAACAAAAGGAGCCUUAGCUAAAAAACAACAACCAAACAACCCAUACUGUAUGGUUCUGCUAAUCCACAUGUGCAGAAAGCACAUGUUGCCUUAGGCCACUCGUCAGCAACCUGUCCGCCAGAUGUUUCAGACGGUGAUUACCCAAGGCAGUACCAUUGCUGAGGCCGAUGGAAAAUGCAGUCCUAAACAUCUGAAAAGCACCAAGUUGGCAAAGGCUGGCCUAAGUCGGUGGCUGGAACACUAUUUCACAUUUCAUGUUGUCCCUUGCUAUCUCAGGAUGUGCAUUUGUAUGUUCCCCUAUCAUAUGAACUUCUUCCACCCCCCUCCUUGAUUUGCAGUCUUUGGCAUUUUAUAUUUUCCCAAAACAAUGAAUGUAUGAAAAUGCAUUGUGCCAAAAAAAUGUAGGUCUCACUGUGGACCGAAAACUCCAGUAGAACUGGGAAUGGUCUCAGCCUAACUUUCAUGCCUUCAAUCUAAACUGAGGGUGGAAUUCAGUGUAGCACUAAGGCUAACUUCUGUCCAUGGAAGGAUUUUUCUUUGUGCAACAGUGUGUUCUCCCACUAAAUCUGUUUUAGGGGUUCCCCCAAUCCUUGGGAAAAAAUUUGGGGGAGGUGCAGGACAUGCACAGGGGUAAGGGGGGGAAACCUGUUUGUGCAAGCAGAAGCCAAUUCUGCUUGUGAAAUAAUUUAGCUGAGCAUUGCCCAUGUGGUAGUAAAGCUUGUCUCUCUUUAAUGGGUUACAAGCUUUUAAUAAGAAAUCCAAGAAGUAAUCAGAAACAGCAUGUGCCAGAUUCCAAGAUACAUUGUACUACCUCCUUUAACAACCACCAGUGGAUUGUACUUUUCACCAGAAAUGCUGGUCUAAAUGUACAUAGAAUAUGUUUAUUAUCAAGGUUAGGAGUCUAGGUAGGCUGUAUGUUUUUAAAAUUUGGUCUCUGUUAUUGUAGUGCUGUAUUUUCCCAGGUGGAAAAAAGCCUCCCAUGCACUCCAUUCCUGUUUCUAAUAAAUUUCAAUUUGGAUUCCUACUGUGGGUAGAUAAGUAUUAUUUACACACAUGGCUUCUGCUUCAGCGGCAGCUCCUUGAAAGUGGUGCAUUGAUCUUGCUGCAUUUCGGCUGCUGUCUGAGAACUCAAACAGGGUUCUGAGGCUGGACAAAUUCCCCAGUUAAUGAGAAGAGUUCUUCCUGAUUAUAUGUUUUUAUUCAGCAUUUUUAAAGAUUGGUACAGAAUUACUUUAUGAGAUCUGGCUGCUUUUUCAGUACGUGUGUUAGGGAGUCUGCAGCAUUUUUUGUUGCUGGGAAAAUGCAAUCUCCUCCGAAUUGCUAGCAUAUCACUGGCUAUACUUGCUAUUAAGAACAAUGUGGUUAUGAGGUCACAUCAGGCAUAUAGUAGCUAUUUCCUACAGCAUCACUGAUAAGAGCCGAUAGUCCAAAUGUCAUUUUGUAAACUGUAGGAGGCACUGUAUGCCUACUAUACUUGAUCAGUGUGGGAGGAUUCAAAGCCCUAUUCAAGCUAAUAAAAGCCAGCUUCUUAUUGGUACCUGUACCCUCCCUAAACAACAUCUAUUCUUUAGUACUGCCCUGCACCACCAAAGUGCUAUAACCCUUCCAACACCAUUCUAUUUAGUAUCCAUUUCAGUUUUGAGUCUUUUAUAACCUCUCAUGUGGGUCUUCAUCUCCUACCUUAAAAACAAACUGGUGUGGCACUUUCCAAUUAAUCAGUGCUAUCAUUUAAUUCCAGUACCAAGGGGCAAGGUAUUAUGCUGUUACUGCUGGAUCAAGAUAUACUAGCACAGAUGUUAAGCAGGAUAUUUUUAACCAUCUGGGAAAAAGACUACAUUGCAACAGAACUUACUUCCUGAAACGUUUUACAACCCUCUCAGAAAAUGUGGUAAGUGAAUUUGGAAGUGUAAGACAAAAGCCUAGCUGGACAAAUAAAUAAAUAAAUAAAUAAG